AUGGCAUCAGUGGAUCAAAGUUAUAAUAAUCCCAGAAAUAGAAAAAAAGUCUUAUCUUUAGUUGAGAUAGCUAUCAACAAAUGUAUCCAGCAUGUGGCGAAAUUAGAAGAUGUGGGGGCCACACCAUUCCACCUCUUGGUACCAGUAUUACGGAGGAUGAAUGCGAAGCAGUUGGGGCAAAUUGAAGAGUUGAGUCCGCAGAUCACGCCCGAUUCCGAUGAGUUGUGGACCAAUUUAGUGAGCAAAGAGUUUCCAGAUAGGCCAAUUUUGGCUAACAGCAUAAGGACGAGUAAGGUGAAGAGUAAGAGGGCGAAUUUGGUGGCUCCAGCGGGACGGACGCUUAUGUUUUGCAAUAUGCCCAUGAAGAGUCUUUACUUCCAAUACAGCGAUGAGCGCGAGUCGUUCAGACAAGACUCAGCAGAACGGUUACGAAAAAUCACCCAGAGGUUGAAAAAAGAAAAGUCGGCGAAUUCGAUUGUGCCCGUGCCCGAGUUGUUGCGAGACCCUACGGUUCGCCGGCGAAGGUUUGAGGGUGGGUCAGGAUACAAUCGGUCAGAGGCCUCGUACGGGCCCAAAAACUCGAUUCUCAAUAAAGCCAGAAAGGAGACUCGAAAUAGGUCGUUGAUGUUUCCGAACUACGCGCAGAAAGUGAAGAAAUAUGACCCCUACGAAGCAUUCAAAUAUAAGGACACGCCUAGUGUUCAGCCCGGUCCUCCUAUAUCGCAUUCUCUCCACCAGCCAAGACAACAACCAAGGUUUCCAAAGAGCCAGCAAUCAGCACAGCCAUCUACACAUCCAGCUGCUCCAAGAUAUGCCCCAAGAUUCAACCAUGAUCGGGCAGAAAUAUCACCACAGUUGGGCCGUCCUCCAACCAUAUUUAAUGGACAACCCAUUCAGCAUAGCACUAAUAUGCCUAGGCCGAUCGAACCGGUGCCUAAAUUUGUGCUGGCAGCGAACUCUAACUCGUCUAGCCCCAAACCUGCAUCCCCACCACUGCAUUCAUCAUUGUCAGAACCUCACAGUCCUCCCACAUCAAUUUCGUCGUCGUCGUCGCCUCUGCCACGAGCAGUUUCAGAAGCAAUAAGAAAGCGAAAGGCAGAGCCGUCGAUUUUCCUUACUGGGAAUAGAAAUAAGAGACCAAUGAGGGUACCGAGGGCACAAAUGAAAGGGCUGGCCCCAUCUAACGACUCGAAUACACAACCCCCAAAUAAAAAGAUCACUUUGAUCAAGUCAUCGAUAUUUAAUUAG